GCGGUCUGUCGGGCUGAUCUGACGGCGGAUGUAUCGGGAGACUCUGUGGACACGGUUUAUACUAUUAUCAUUAUCCUUUAGCUUGAUUUAGCCUCUUCAGGGCUUAAUAAGGAGGCAUCCUGGAAGCACCCGGAGAACCGCGGAUAUCUACGCGACAUGCAUGCUUCGUGACCCGCGGCAGGUGUGAAGAGAUGCCCGGGGAGCAGCCGACGGGCACCGGCCGGGUGGUGCUGGUGAAGAAGAUCGUCAUGAAGGACGGAGCUGCGCUCCAGCAGGGGAUUGGCAGGCCCAGUGUGUAUCACGCCGUGGUGGUGAUCUUCCUGGAGUUCUUCGCCUGGGGAUUACUCACCACGCCCAUGCUUACUGUUUUACAUGAAACAUUUCCCCAGCACACGUUCCUGAUGAACGGACUAAUUCAGGGCGUGAAGGGUCUGCUGUCCUUCAUGUCUGCUCCUCUGAUUGGUGCGCUGUCCGAUGUUUGGGGCAGGCGGUCCUUCCUGUUGGUCACCGUCUUCUUCACAUGCGCCCCGAUCCCUCUGAUGAGACUCAGCCCCUGGUGGUACUUUGCCAUGAUCUCCAUGUCUGGAGCUUUCUCCGUCACCUUCUCGGUCAUCUUCGCCUACGUUGCUGAUGUGACGGAUGAAAGAGAGAGGAGUACAGCCUACGGUCUGGUGUCGGCUACUUUCGCAGCCAGCUUGGUGACGAGUCCCGCCAUCGGGGCGUACCUGUCAGCCUGGUACGGAGACAACCUGGUUGUUCUGGUGGCCACACUGAUCGCUCUGGCCGACAUCUGUUUCAUCCUGCUCGCCGUACCUGAGUCUCUGCCGGACAAGAUGAGGCUCAACAACUGGGGGGCGCCCAUAUCCUGGGAGCAGGCCGACCCCUUCACUUCUCUGAGGAAGGUGGGUCAGGACCCGACAGUCUUACUGAUAUGUAUCACUGUGUUCCUGUCUUACCUGCCGGAGGCCGGACAAUACUCCAGCUUCUUCCUCUACCUGAGACAGGUUGUAAAUUUCUCCUCCACAACGAUCGCUGUUUUUAUUGGAGUGGUGGGCAUUCUGUCUAUUGUAGCACAGACUCUCUUCCUCACUCUGCUGAUGAGGACUCUGGGAAAUAAAAACACAGUUCUAUUGGGUUUGGGCUUCCAGAUCCUUCAGCUGGCCUGGUACGGCUUCGGAUCAGAGCCAUGGAUGAUGUGGGCGGCUGGUGCCGUAGCAGCGAUGUCCUCCAUCACCUUCCCUGCUGUCUCUGCUCUGGUGUCACAGUCUGCUGAUCCUGAUAAACAAGGUGUGGUCCAGGGGAUGAUAACAGGGAUCAGAGGUCUGUGCAAUGGUCUGGGUCCAGCUCUGUACGGAUUCAUCUUCUUCCUCUUCAACGUCGAGCUCAACAGCAUGGACCCCAUCCAGGGAGACUAUAACAUUGACCCCCUGCCUCUGCAAAGUCCCACUGAGCGAGCCCUUAUCCCCGGCCCGCCUUUCCUGUUGGGGGCAUGUACCGUGGUGGUCGCCUUCCUCGUCGCCCUCUUCAUCCCUGAGAAACCCUCCUGCUCCUCUUCCUCCCAGCUGUCCCUCAGUGACAAGCCCCAGUCAGACAGCAAAGAGUCCAUGUCCUCGCUGGCUGGCGUCCACAUCAACACGCCCCUCCCGGGCAGUGACGAGGAGACCCCUCCCACCACCAGCGAUGAGGACUUUGAACCACUGCUGCAGGACAGUAUCGUUUGAUGGACCGGUGGAAAGACCACAAAGGGUGGAGCUAACUUCGUGGUUUGAUUGAUUGACAUUUUUUUUGCUGCAGGGCAGGACUAAGUGUACUUUUAUUGUCAGAAGAUUGCGAUUGUCAGCAAGAAGUUCCAAAAGCAUUGUUUCCUCAUCAAUGUUUCUUCGCCGUGAGCGGAGGCAGUAACGUCCUGUGAGCGACCAAUGAGGAUGUUUCUUUCACAAGAGGGUGGAAGCAAAGAGCUGCAAAUAUGAUGUCAUUGUUCGAUUUAAAAGGGCAAAGACGAUUAUUUGACUGACGGAGUGGGCAACAGGGACAGCGUUUAAAUGGAAACCAUCGUUUAAUUGACAAAAGGAGGGACCAACUGCUUUUUUAUGGUAUGGGUGUGCCCAGUUUUAGGAUACGCCCACAUAAAACCCCCUGAAGGGAAAGAGAAGUAUUUUUGAGGUUUUAAUGGACGGAUGUAUCUUUAAGCUUGAACUUGUUGAUUGUUUUUGUGAUAAACAAGAAAAAGUGUUUUUACGUUCAGCUGUAUCAUUUUGAAGCCGUAUUUUAAUGCUGUGUGUUAUUUCUUAUUGGUUAUUGUACAAGAGAAACAUGUAUUUACAGCAGCCAAAACAUCAGUGUUGAUUUAUACUCUUUGUUAAAGGAGAAAACAUUUUUGUUAGUUUCUUUUCUUUUUGGCAGGGUUAAGGGAUUUUUAUUCUUUUUAAGUGUACAGUAUCUUACCUGCAAUGAGCUGUCAAUGUUAACAAGGUAUGUAAAGUGACAAGCUGAGAGAUGAGUCAGCCAGCGGAAAUCUAACAUGCCACAAUAUCAAAUUUUACUUAAGUUAGUCAUUUUAAUGGUCAAGUUUCCUCUCAAAUUGUAUAUCUUUACAUUUCAUCCAGAACAAAAAAGAGGGAAAGGUUUUAAGCAAUGCAUUGGUAACAGGCUUAAAAAUAUAUUUCUUGUAUAUAUUUCAGAAGAUUAUGAGAAACAAAAGAAUCCUGAAUGAUACUGAAGUUGAGUAAAAUAACCAAACUGAACCUCCAGGACUGAAGAAUGAGGUGGACUUCUAUAUAAUUCACCCGUUUAGAUUAUAUUAAAGCUUUAAUAUAUGCAUAAUUAAGGAUGUGGUCGCUUUGUGUCACCUGGUAAUCUGAAAACACCAUUAGGUAGAAACCCUUGCUCCUCCCCAGCUUUACCCUGUCAUCCAAAAUGGUCACUUCUGGCUCCAAAAAAACAAGAUGGCAAUGGCCAAAAUGCCAAACUCGAGGCUUCGAAACAGAAACCAGUGGGCGAGGUCAUGGUGGCUAUGUUCACGUCUAUGAAAAGAGUAAAAUAGUUUUUGUUCUUAAUUUCACAAGUGUUCCCCGUUUGUCACUCUACCUCAGAUCAGCAUUAUUUUAAAUCACAUUUACUCAUCUUCCAUCAAGUUUGUUUUAUUUCUUUAUCACAUAAAAAUGAAGUCACUUUAUGAAAGUGCUGCUGCCUGCUGGCAGUGUGAAAACCUCAGAACUGCAACUCUUAUGUUUAACUUCUUAGUGAUCCAAGCGCUGGUGCGUGAACCAUAUUGUUUAUGAUCCAAUUUGAGUUUGACUUUUUUUGGCCAUAGUACAAUUUGAAAUGUGAAGUUACUAGGAAAACACUAUCACUAGCAAGUGCAAGUCCAACAAGGUGAAUGUAACAUUUUACCUAUUAUACCUACAUUUUACCUUUCAAUGGUGUCAUGCUUCCAUCUAGUGCAGCUCCAGUAUACAGGUUUAAAAGUGCAGCUAGCUGGCAGCUUGUCAAUAGGGGUGGGUUAUCACCAGAGGCCCCACGAUACGAUAUUAUCACGGUACUUAUGUCACAAUAUGAUAUUAUUGCAAUUUAAAACAUAUUGCAAUGUAUUAAAAUUUAUUACUUUUUUUUUUUAUUUCAGAUUGUGUUCCCAAAGGAAAAGUCUUUUUCUAGUUGACCGAAAAAGCAAUUGAUUUUAUUAUUACAGUACCAAAAAGUAAAAUUCUAAUGUACAAUUUCUAUAAUAAAAGAUCGAUACUUGGUGUGUCCGUGUAUCGAUUUAGUAUUGCCACGGAAAAUAUUGUGAUACUAUGCUGUAGCGAUUAUUUCCCCCCAUCCCUACUUGACACCAUGAAGUUGCUCCAAAAAGACAAUGCUACUGGCUCCGAUUGCCCAGAGUCAUUGUGCCUUCAAUUCCAAGCUGUGCUGGGUGUUUGGACCCCAGUCUACUUUUUUUCUAGUCUAGCUUUCAACUGUGAGAUCAGCUGGUCAUUCGUGUGCUAAGGGUCUCAUAACCCACAGUCCUUCACUCUGUGAAUUUAAAAAACGCACAAAGGUCAGCAGGAAGGUUAUUUGUUUAAUUUUCAUAACAUGUUGCAGAUAUGAGGUAUUUCCCUGACAGCAGUGAUAUUGCUGUGAAUGAACUUUUACUUGAAGCAUAAGACAGAGAUUUUACAAGAGCUUUAGAGAAGAUUUUGGAACAAAUGCUGAAUAGUUUAUAAUUGGCACAGAGUGUACAUAGUUAUUUGCUUUCUGACCUUAAAAUGUAAAUGUAUAUGUGAAUUAUAUAAUUUUUUAUAUAUAAUGUAAGUGAAAUGUGGGAUUAGCUUGUUGACAAUAAUGAAAAUACAGUUUUCAGUCCUGUAUAGCUCAACAGCACUAACAAAGUCUGGGUUGGGGUUCUAAUUCCCUCUGUGCAGCUAAACAGUUGCAUAAUACCAACAAUCAUUUUGCUUUAGUUUAUCGUGUUCAUACAGAACCAGGAAAUCAGUGUGAAUGUGAACACUCAUUUCAUUGAAAGCUGAACUGGCCCUGUCAGUUCAGCAGCAGUGAAACAGACUCAACAGUGUAAAUAUUGUACAUGGAUUGGAUGUCUGUACAUUUGAAGAAAUGAAAUGUACAUGGGAUUGACUGUAAAUACACUUUAUAUGUUGUCUUGUCUGGAAGUGUACCCUCCAGUUGUUGAUUAUUGGAAAUUAAAACAGAACAACACUUUGCAUCUGCAUGGUGGGUGCUCUUUAAAACUC